AGGGAUACCCCCUGACCAGAUUGGAAACCUUGGUUUACAUGCGGUUAUUUGGUAUAUAGCCCUCAUUCUUUCCUCUUUACUUUCAUUCAGUAUAGGAUAUAUACUUCAUUUUAUACCACCUAGAUUUCGGGACGUUCCUUGGCUAGAUAAUUAUAUAACAGAGGAGCAUAUCGAUGACAAGGGUGACACUUGGAAAGCUAAGAGAGAAGUUGCCUUGCUAAAAUUUGAGCAUAUCAGUACUCUGGUUCAUUCUACAGUUCCAGAACAUUUUCUCAAGAAGAGAAAGGAGGAAGAUUACUAUGAAGCCAAGUAUAAGAGAUUGACCUGUACGGGUAAAAUAAUAGAAACCAUAAAUAAGGGAAUAUACUUUGUCUGCUAUAUCUGUUCUGUUGCUUUUAACCUUCAGGCUUUAAUUUUAAUGGAUUUGGAUUUCCAUUCAUUUGAGUUCUGGACUGUUGUGAUUUCAGCUUCAGCAGCCAUAUCCAUAUCUUGUUAUCUAGUUCUGAUGGUAGUUUGUCAGAGUUGUCAAACCCCUCAAACUACUCCUGUUCUUUCAAGGAUACUUAUACCCUUCCUUCUCAGUUCGGGAAUUCGGCAGUUGUUGGAUCUUUCAAAGAAUUAUCGUGACACCUUGUCCUUUGUGUACAUCUACCUCAUUCUUCUCUUCAUCUUCACAAUCUUUCAAAUCAUUGCAGUAGCUGCUAAAAGAUGUUCUUACGAGAAAACAGUGGACUAUUUUCUUCUCCGCUUUCUUCACUACAAUUUCUUCCAAGCGGAGGGAUCUUAUAAAAAAGUAGUUCGGCUCUUUGAUACAAUGGGGAGUUUUUUCGCAUUAACUGGAUUAGUUAUAGGACUAUGCUCUGUAUUUUUGGAUCAGUAUGAUCUAGAUUUUGAACCUAUUGGUGACCUGAAUACUCUUGUUGAAGGGUUUAACCAGUUCUCAGGAGGAAUCAGGAAGGUGGAGGAAGUUUUGAGAAAUGUGAUAAAAGAGUUUGAUUUUGAGGUCACUUGUGAACAUAUUUAUACCUCUAUAGCAUCAGGGACUCUGGCAGGAAUAUUUUUGAGCCUCGUUCCAGGAGCCAGCUCUGCAGCAGCUAUAGGGUCUAAAACUGCUAUUUACACCGUUAAGGUUGGAAGUGCUCUAAGUAAACUUGCAAAGUUGCUGAAGACGACAGCUAAAAAGCUGUGGGAUAUCCAGAAAAUUAUCAGACGUGUGACAAAGCUUACUUUUGGAGCUUUCAAAACUUUUACCGUUGGAUCUUCUUCCUUCACUCUUCUCAAACUUCUCCCGUUUCUUCCUCCAGUUGUCAUAGGGAUUUAUAUCAUUUUCUCAGCUUUCUGGCCUCAAAGAAUUCUUUUCUUCUCCGCUAAACAAAGAAGAAAAUUCAUCAAUGGACAGUUUCUGGGUUGGUUAUUGGCAAUCGUUCUUCUAGUUCUAGCGCUGUCAAUAAAUACUGCAUUAGUGGACGAACUUGUACGCGUGUUCGAUGACGCUCUUCCCUUGGUGAAGGUUCAUCUACUGAAGCGCCUUGGGUGGAAGCUCUCACUUGCCGCGUCAUCUUUUGCAAUAGCGUCGUCUUUGUUUUUCUUCAUGGCGUUCUUGAUUCUAAAAAUAAAGACGGAUAAAAACCAUGAUAAUUUAACCAACGAGGAGGAGGAUUGGAGACAAGAAUUAGAAAAGAGACACUUGGUUUCAUUUUCAACUCCUUUUGGUCCAAAAAUAGAGAAGAAAAAUAUGAUAAGAUACAAGAAGGAGAGGAUCGGACCCUGGACCUGGAUCCUACCAAUUGUACUGUGUACAAUAGCUUGUGGGUUCAGCGUGCUGGCCAACCUGUAUCCUAAAAUAGAUAUGUACAGAGAACCUAAGGGAACCUUUGGACGGACCAUUGAUGCAAUAUUCUCUAAAAUAAGUUUGUAUGAAGACGAGAUGACCCGAGUUCGUGAAUAUGGAGAGAGAGAAUGCCUCCCCUGGCAGACCCUGGGGGACGUGUUCUCCGAGACCCUGCAGCAGAGGAGCAACAUCCUCAUGAACCCCAUCAAUACCUUCUUCAACAGGACAGAGAACCUUUUCAGACCAUUGAAACAGAUAAUUACGAGAACAAGAAAACAGCUGAUUGCUGAUCUUGGUGAUGAUCUAUUUGGCGAGGAGGUCCUUAACUCUAUUGACACUUUGAAACUUCUAGAUCUAAGGUAUCUCGGCAUGCUCCUGUUGAUUCCUCGCCUCAUUAAUCUCAGCAUUCUCAUUUUCGGCAUGCUCACCAUGUCUGUAGCAACAUGCAGGAUGAUAAUUUGUGAAGCCGUUGAACCCAAGAAGCUGGUUGAUGCGUUCGGGGCAGUCACAACAUUUUCAGUCGUCUUCGUUUUGGGAACUCAGUUGGCGCUUUUCAAUGUUCUGGAGGAUUUUGGGAUACCGUUCUACAGAAUAACUGUUCGGUUUGGUUUGGGUUUUAUAUAUGAUCUUGUUUGUGAUGCAAUCAUGAUCUCAAUAUAUAUAGGAAUGAAGAAUGAAUUUUUCUUUGCAAUUCCUAAACGUAAAGUGACAAUCACCUAUUCCGUCCCUGGAGUCUCAGAUGAAGGACCUAAUAUCCGGGGACAAGUCAUCUAGGAAGUCAAUUGGUGGACUUAAAUGACAAGUCAUUUAGGAAGUCAAUUGGUGGACUUAAAUGACAAGUCAUUUAGGAAGUCAAUUGGUGGACUUAAAUGAUAAGUCAUUUAGGAAGUCAAUUGGUGGACUUAAAUGACAAGUCAUCAAGGAAGUUAAUUGGUGGACUUAAAUGACAAGUCAUUUAGGAAGUCAAUUGGUGGACUUAAAUGACAAGUCAUCUAGGAAGUUAAUUGGUGGACUUAAAGGACAAAUCAUUUAGGAAGUCAAUUGGUGGACUUAAAGAACAAGCCAUUUAGGACUUAAAGGGACUGCAGAUGUUAUUUCAAGUGACUCUCCAUCUGUAGAUUGGUUUGUCCGAUUUAUAAUGGUACCCUUCAAAGCUUUGUAUGAGCUAUCCGUGCUUGCUGCAUAAAAUCCCGAAGUCACAUAACAUAACUAAAUUUUUGUUUAAAACAUGAAUAUAAUUUUUACAAGGAAAACCGUACGAAUUUUGAACUUUGGGAAAUAACGUGAACAGUCCCCUUAAAGAUUAAAGAUUAAAGAUUUAAAGUUUGGUGUUGAUAUAGAGUAAAUAAAGUAGAUGUUUAUUCCAUAUCUGAUUGAAAAUAUAAUUCGAUCUGGGUUAACAGUCGUCAGUUCUAAUUAUAUAAUAACCAUCAAAAUCAAUAUUAAAAAAAAUGUUCAAAAAUAACAAUAAAUUCAGAUAGAAAAAUGGAAACUAUUAUCCAGAUUAUGGUAUGGAAAAAUAGAAACUAUUAUCCAGAUUAUGAUAUGGAAAAAUGGAAACUAUUAUCCAGAUUAUGAUAUGGAAAAAUGGUAACUAUGAUCCAGAUUAUGAUAUGGAAAAAUAGAAACUAUUAUCCAGAUUAUGAUAUGGAAAAAUGAAAACUAUGAUCCAGAUUAUGAUAAGGAAAAAUAGAAACUAUUACCCAGAUUAUGAUAUGGAAAAAUGGAAACUGUGAUCUAGAUUAUGAUAAGGAAAAAAACAAACUAUUAUCCAGAUUAUGAUAUGGAAAAA